CUUCGUUCCCACUCGUUAAAUGCGACUCUUUCGCUUUCAGUUCCCUUGUCACGGCGAAAUAACACAAAAACGUUACUAAAUUCCAAGUUUGUUAAAUAAUUAGUGUAGUUGGCGACCAUGGCGCUACCACCGUUCAUGGUCCCACUCGGGAUGCCUCCCCCACACCCCUGGAUGAUUCCCACACAGCAAAUCCCUCCCCCUCAGCAGAUGAUGCCCCCACCCCCUGGCUACAAUUUAGGCGAAAUGCCACCCGGCUCCAGCUCUUACAAUGAGUAUGACGAUGGAAGAGCGCAACUCACCGAUGAACAGAAACACGAGAAGGCCCUCAAAUGGCAACAGAUCCAGAUGAAGAGGUACGAGGAGAAGAGAAAGUUUGGUUUCGUGGACCCCAUGAAGGAGGACAUGCCGCCGGAACAUGUUCGCAAAAUUAUUCGCGAUCAUGGAGACAUGAGCUCGAGAAAGUACCGUCACGACAAGCGGGUCUACCUUGGAGCGUUGAAAUACAUGCCACACGCGGUUUUAAAACUAUUGGAGAACAUGCCCAUGCCGUGGGAGCAGAUUCGAGACGUCAGCGUCCUGUACCACAUCACGGGAGCGAUUACGUUCGUGAAUGAGAUUCCUUGGGUCAUCGAACCAGUCUAUAUUGCUCAGUGGGGAUCGAUGUGGAUCAUGAUGCGGAGAGAGAAACGAGACCGUCGUCACUUCAAGAGGAUGCGUUUCCCUCCCUUUGACGACGAGGAGCCUCCUCUCGACUAUGCUGACAACGUACUGGACGUCGAGCCCCUCGAAGCCAUCCAGAUGGACAUGGAUUCUGACGAGGACAGCGCAGUUCUGGACUGGUUCUACGACCACAAUCCCCUCUCAGACUCGAAACUGGUGAAUGGCCCGUCCUACCGAACGUGGCACUUGACCCUGCCAAUCAUGGCGACCCUCUACCGUCUCGCCAACCAGCUGCUGACCGAUCUAGUCGACGCCAAUUACUUUUACUUGUUUGACUUAAAGUCCUUCUUCACAGCGAAAGCAUUGAACAUGGCGAUCCCUGGAGGGCCCAAGUUUGAACCUUUGAUUAAAGAUGCGAGCCAGUUAGAUGAGGACUGGAACGAAUUUAACGACAUUAACAAGAUCAUUAUCCGCCAACCGAUCCGUACUGAGUAUCGAAUCGCGUUCCCCUUUCUGUACAAUAACAUGCCCAACUUUGUGCAUCUCUCGUGGUAUCACACGCCCAACGUGGUCUUCAUCAAGACGGAAGAUCCAGACUUGCCAGCCUUUUACUUUGAUCCAUUGAUCAACCCAAUUUCUCAUCGACAUGCAGUGAAGUCAAUGGUGGAGGAUUUUGAUGAAAAUGACGAGUUCGAGUUGGACUUUGUCGAGCCAUUCUUGAACCAUUUGCCCCUUUACAAUGACCACACGGCGAACGGGAUUGCGCUCCUCUGGGCUCCGCGUCCCUUCAAUAUGAGAUCCGGUCGGACUCGGCGAGCGGUGGAUAUUCCGCUCGUGAAGACGUGGUACAAGGAACAUUGUCCACCGAGUCAGCCUGUCAAAGUUCGCGUCUCAUACCAGAAGCUCUUGAAGUACUACGUUCUUAACGCGUUGAAACAUCGACCACCAAAACCGCAGAAAAAGAGAUACUUGUUCAGGUCAUUUAAGGCUACAAAGUUUUUCCAGUGUACGAAACUCGACUGGGUAGAGGCAGGGUUGCAGGUGUGCCGUCAAGGGUAUAAUAUGUUGAAUCUCCUCAUCCAUCGCAAAAAUCUGAACUAUCUCCACUUGGAUUACAACUUCAAUCUGAAGCCCGUGAAAACAUUGACGACGAAGGAGCGAAAAAAAUCCAGGUUCGGAAACGCUUUCCAUUUGUGUCGAGAAAUCCUUCGAUUGAUGAAGCUUAUCGUCGACUCACACGUUCAAUAUCGUCUUAACAACGUGGACGCGUUUCAACUCGCGGAUGGGAUGCAAUAUAUUUUCGCCCACGUGGGACAACUCACGGGGAUGUACCGCUACAAGUACAAGCUGAUGAGACAGAUCAGGAUGUGCAAGGAUUUAAAGCAUCUCAUCUACUACAGAUUCAACACCGGUCCAGUUGGGAAGGGGCCAGGUUGUGGUUUCUGGGCUCCUGGCUGGCGAGUUUGGCUCUUCUUCAUGCGAGGAAUCACUCCAUUAUUGGAAAGAUGGUUGGGCAAUUUGCUUUCUCGUCAAUUUGAGGGACGUCAUUCUAAGGGAGUUGCAAAGACUGUUACGAAGCAGAGGGUCGAGAGUCAUUUCGAUCUUGAGUUGAGAGCAUCCGUAAUGCACGACAUUGUCGACAUGAUGCCAGAAGGGAUCAAGGCCAACAAGGCGAAAACGAUUCUUCAGCACUUAUCGGAAGCCUGGCGCUGUUGGAAGGCCAACAUUCCUUGGAAAGUACCCGGACUGCCGACCCCAGUUGAAAAUAUGAUUCUGCGAUUCGUCAAAAUGAAAUCCGAUUGGUGGACGAACACAGCUCAUUACAACAGAGAGCGAAUCCGUCGUGGUGCCACGGUCGACAAGACCGUGUGUAAGAAGAAUCUGGGUCGUUUGACUCGGCUUUACCUCAAGUCGGAGCAGGAGCGGCAACACAACUAUUUGAAGGACGGGCCGUAUAUUUCUCCUGAGGAGGCGAUCGCUAUCUACACAACGACCGUGCAUUGGCUCGAGUCUCGGCGAUUUUCCCCAAUUCCCUUCCCUCCCUUGUCGUACAAGCAUGACACCAAGUUGCUAAUCUUGGCAUUGGAGAGGCUCAAGGAAGCUUACAGCGUCAAGUCUCGCCUGAACCAGAACCAGCGAGAAGAGCUCGGCCUGAUAGAACAAGCGUACGAUAAUCCACACGAAGCCUUGUCUCGAAUCAAGCGUCACUUGCUCACCCAGCGAGCCUUCAAAGAGACAGGGAUUGAAUUCAUGGACCUGUACUCCCACCUGAUCCCCGUCUAUGAUGUGGAACCUCUGGAAAAGAUAACAGACGCCUAUCUAGACCAGUAUUUGUGGUAUGAGGCCGACAAGCGGCGCCUGUUUCCACACUGGGUCAAACCCGCUGACUCUGAACCACCACCUCUUCUCCUCUACAAGUUCUGUCAGGGGAUCAACAAUCUGCAAGAUAUUUGGGACACGAGCGAAGGAGAGUGCAACGUCCUCCUGGAAUCCUCUUAUGAAAAGAUUUACGAAAAGAUGGACUUGACCCUGCUCAAUCGGCUCCUCCGCCUCAUCGUGGAUCAUAACAUUGCUGAUUACAUGACGGCCAAGAACAACGUUGUCAUCAAUUACAAGGACAUGAACCAUACCAACAGUUACGGGAUCAUCCGAGGAUUGCAGUUCGCUUCCUUCAUUGUUCAGUAUUACGGGCUGGUCCUCGAUCUGCUCGUUCUGGGUUUGCAGCGAGCCUCUGAAAUGUCCGGCCCUCCACAGAGUCCGAAUGACUUUACGACGUAUCAGGACUGUGCGACGGAGACGGCACAUCCUAUUCGACUCUACACCCGCUACAUUGACAGGGUCCACAUUCUUUUCCGCUUCAGUGCGGACGAGUCUCGAGAUCUUAUCCAGCGUUACUUGACGGAACAUCCCGACCCCAACAAUGAGAACAUUGUAGGAUAUAACAACAAAAAGUGUUGGCCUCGCGACGCCAGGAUGCGGCUGAUGAAACAUGACGUGAAUCUGGGUCGUGCCGUCUUCUGGGAUAUUAAGAAUCGACUGCCCAGAUCUGUGACCACGGUCGAGUGGGAGAACAGCUUCGUCAGCGCAUAUUCCAAGGAUAAUCCCAACUUGCUCUUUAACAUGUGCGGUUUCGAGUGCAGAAUUCUCCCUAAAUGUCGCACCACGCAUGAAGAAUUUACCCAUCGCGAUGGCGUGUGGAAUCUUCAGAACGACAUUACCAAGGAGCGAACAGCCCAGUGCUUCCUUCGUGUGGAUGACGAAUCCAUGUCCCGAUUCCACAACCGGGUCCGUCAAAUCCUCAUGGCAUCCGGCUCCACGACCUUCACCAAGAUCGUGAACAAGUGGAAUACUGCCCUCAUCGGUUUAAUGACCUAUUUCCGCGAGGCUGUCGUAAACACACAAGAAUUGCUUGAUCUGCUGGUCAAGUGUGAGAAUAAGAUUCAGACUCGAAUCAAGAUCGGGCUCAACUCUAAAAUGCCGUCCCGUUUCCCACCCGUCGUUUUCUAUACACCAAAGGAGUUGGGAGGGCUGGGCAUGUUGUCGAUGGGUCACGUCCUCAUUCCACAGUCCGAUCUAAGGUGGAGCAAGCAGACGGACGUGGGGAUUACUCAUUUCAGAUCAGGCAUGAGCCACGAUGAGGAUCAACUGAUUCCCAAUUUGUACAGAUACAUUCAACCUUGGGAGGCUGAGUUUAUUGACUCUCAACGCGUCUGGGCCGAGUAUGCUCUUAAGCGUCAGGACGCGAAUGCACAAAACCGUCGCCUGACCCUUGAAGACUUGGAGGACUCUUGGGACAGAGGAAUCCCUCGGAUCAACACCCUCUUCCAAAAAGAUCGUCACACCCUCGCGUAUGACAAGGGAUGGAGAGUGCGGACAGAGUUUAAGGCCUAUCAAGUCCUGAAGCAGAAUCCCUUCUGGUGGACGCACCAACGUCACGAUGGAAAACUCUGGAACUUGAACAACUAUCGUACCGACAUGAUUCAAGCGUUGGGCGGGGUGGAAGGUAUCUUGGAGCACACACUCUUCAAGGGAACAUACUUCCCCACUUGGGAGGGUCUCUUUUGGGAGAAGGCAUCCGGUUUCGAGGAGUCGAUGAAGUAUAAGAAGUUGACGAAUGCGCAGAGGUCUGGGUUGAACCAGAUUCCCAAUCGGCGCUUUACUCUGUGGUGGUCGCCCACGAUCAACAGGGCGAACGUGUACGUAGGUUUCCAGGUGCAGCUGGAUCUCACAGGAAUUUUCAUGCACGGGAAGAUUCCCACCUUGAAGAUCUCGCUCAUCCAGAUUUUCCGCGCUCACUUGUGGCAGAAGAUUCACGAGUCUGUUAUCAUGGACUUGUGCCAGGUUUUCGAUCAAGAAUUGGACGCACUGGAGAUCGAGACCGUCCAAAAGGAAACGAUCCAUCCCCGAAAAUCAUACAAGAUGAAUUCCUCCUGUGCCGACAUUCUGCUCUUUGCCGCCUACAAGUGGAACGUGUCGCGCCCCUCACUCCUUGCUGACUCUAAGGAUACCAUGGACUCCACUACGACGCAAAAGUACUGGCUGGACGUUCAACUUCGUUGGGGUGAUUAUGAUUCUCAUGAUAUUGAGCGAUACGCGAGAGCCAAGUUUUUGGACUACACGACGGAUAACAUGUCCAUCUACCCAUCUCCGACCGGAGUGCUGAUAUCUAUCGAUUUAGCAUAUAACUUGCAUAGCGCGUACGGAAAUUGGUUCCCUGGAUGUAAGCCACUUAUUCAGCAAGCAAUGGCUAAAAUUAUGAAGGCCAACCCGGCCCUCUACGUACUUCGGGAAAGAAUCCGAAAGGCGCUCCAACUUUACUCUUCUGAGCCGACGGAACCCUACCUCUCCUCCCAAAAUUAUGGAGAGCUCUUCUCCAACCAGAUCAUCUGGUUCGUCGACGACACAAACGUCUACCGAGUUACGAUUCAUAAAACGUUCGAAGGGAACUUGACCACGAAGCCGAUCAACGGUGCAAUCUUCAUUUUCAAUCCACGCACAGGUCAACUCUUCUUGAAGAUAAUCCAUACUUCCGUCUGGGCUGGACAGAAGCGUUUGGGACAACUCGCCAAGUGGAAAACAGCAGAAGAAGUGGCUGCCCUUAUUCGCUCCCUGCCCGUAGAAGAACAGCCGAAGCAGAUCAUUGUAACACGAAAAGGAAUGUUGGAUCCACUCGAGGUUCACUUGCUCGAUUUCCCCAACAUUGUGAUCAAAGGGUCCGAACUUCAACUCCCAUUCCAGGCUUGUCUCAAAGUAGAAAAGUUUGGUGAUCUUAUUUUGAAAGCGACUGAACCACAAAUGGUCCUCUUCAACUUGUAUGACGACUGGUUAAAGUCGAUCUCUUCUUACACCGCGUUUUCAAGAUUAAUUCUCAUCUUGCGAGCCCUCCACGUCAACAAUGAACGGACGAAGGUGAUUCUAAAACCGGACAAGACUACGAUCACAGAGUCUCACCACAUUUGGCCCACGCUCUCGGAUGACGAAUGGAUAAAGGUUGAAGUUCAACUAAAGGAUUUGAUCUUGGCAGAUUACGGGAAGAAGAACAAUGUCAACGUGGCAUCGUUGACGCAGUCUGAAAUUCGAGAUAUUUUGCUUGGUAUGGAAAUCUCGGCGCCUUCCCAACAGCGCCAGCAGAUUGCGGAAAUUGAGAAACAGAGCAAGGAGCAAUCCCAAUUAACAGCAACAACGACACGGACCGUUAACAAGCACGGUGAUGAGAUCAUUACGAGCACGACGUCGAAUUAUGAGACCCAGACAUUUUCUUCGCGAACCGAGUGGAGGGUGAGGGCCAUUUCCGCGACGAAUCUACAUCUGCGAACGAACCAUAUUUACGUGUCAUCCGAUGACAUUAAAGAAACUGGCUUUACUUACAUCCUACCCAAAAAUUUGUUGAGGAAGUUUGUGAUAAUUUCGGACUUGAGGGCGCAGAUUGCCGGUUAUAUGUAUGGCGUGAGUCCACCGGAUAACCCGCAAGUGAAGGAGAUUCGAUGCGUCGUUAUGCCGCCACAAUGGGGAACGCAUCAAACGGUGCAUUUGCCUACACUGCUCCCGAACCAUGAGCUACUUAAGACCUUGGAACCACUGGGAUGGAUUCACACCCAGCCAAACGAGCUGCCCCAACUGUCACCACAGGACAUCACUUGUCAUGCUAGAAUCAUGGCGGAGAACCCAGAAUGGGAUGGCGAGAAAACGGUCAUCAUCACGUGCAGCUUCACUCCCGGGUCUUGUUCUUUGACUGCGUAUAAAUUAACUCCAAGCGGUUACGACUGGGGUCGCCAGAACACUGACCGUGGCAACAACCCCAAAGGAUAUCUGCCCUCUCACUACGAGAAAGUCCAAAUGUUGUUGAGUGACCGGUUCUUGGGCUAUUUCAUGGUUCCUGCUCAAGGGUCUUGGAACUAUAACUUCAUGGGCGUACGUCAUGACCCCAACAUGAAGUACGACAUAGUGCUGUCCAACCCGAAAGAAUUUUAUCACGAAGUCCAUCGACCCGCUCACUACCUUAAUUUCUCUUCCAUUGAGAAUGCCGAGGCUUUCAUUGCCGAUCGGGAGGAUUUGUUGGCGUAAAAAAUACAUCAAUUAAUUAAAAUAACUCAAUUUUCCUUGUAUUUCUUUUUUAUCAAAUAUUUUAAUAUUUAUGGUAUCAAAUUUAUUGCACUUCAUUAUUGUAGUACAUUUUUCUGAAAGACAUGAAAAUAAAUAGAUACGUUUAUCAAAAAA